CAACAUACGAACGAAAAAGAUGACACUAAAUGUUCAACAUGUCUGACACAAGGCAACGUAAACACGUACAGAAACGAGAAUCUUCAGUAGAAGAUGUUAUUGAUCUUGAUUCGGUGAACAUGAAGCCACAUGCUGUCCCCAUCGUCCUCGCCAACAACGAUCACACCUUCACCUUGGAUGAAGAAGCCUUGAAGAAAGUGCUUUUAAGAGAUGAGAUCAAGGACAGGUUUGUCGUUGUCAUUUCUGUAGCUGGAGCGUUUCGACACGGUAAAUCCUUCCUCCUCGACUUCUUCCUGAGGUACUUGAACUCAAAGUAUGUACUUAAGCAAAACACGUCCGAGUGGUUGGGCGCUGAAGACGCCCCACUUGAAGGUUUCUCGUGGAGAGGUGGCUCAGAAAGGGACACCACUGGGAUUCUCAUGUGGUCUGACGUUUUUUUAACGGAAUUGCUCACAGGAGAAAAGGUUGCAAUAGUUCUGUUAGAUACGCAAGGGACUUGGGAUAGUAAAAGUACUGUCCGUGAAUGUGCCACAAUAUUCGCUCUAAGUACAAUGAUAAGCUCCGUUCAAAUAUACAAUCUGUCAAGUAACAUCCAAGAAGAUGAUCUGCAACAUUUACAGUUGUUUACAGAGUAUGGACGAUUAGCUUUAGCAGACUCAGGGAAAACACCAUUUCAAAGACUUCAAUUUUUGGUUCGGGACUGGCGGUUUCCGUAUGAAGCACCAUACGGGGCUGUGGGUGGUCAACAAAUACUUAAAAAACGUUUGAAAAUAAAUGAGCAUUCACACCCAGAACUAGAAUCUCUCAGGAAGCAUAUAAAGUCGUUAUUUAGUGAAAUUGCUUGCUUUUUGAUGCCCCAUCCUGGUAUAAAAGUAGCAACGAGCCCCACAUUUGACGGUAGAUUAGAAGAAAUCGAUUCAGAGUUUAAAGAAAAUUUAAAAAUACUAGUACCCAUGUUAUUGGCACCUGAAAACUUGGUCCUGAAAAGGAUAAACGGUCAGAAAGUUAAAGUUAGGGAUUUAGUUCAAUACUUCAAAUCAUACAUGGCAAUAUAUAAAGGAAACGAACUGCCUGAACCAAAAUCAAUGCUUGUCGCGACGGCAGAAGCAAACAAUUUAUCGGCUGUUGCUGAUGCAAAAGAGACCUACUCGCAACUAAUGGAAGAGGUUUGUGGCGGAAACAAACCAUAUCUUAAUACAGCUGCAAUAGAAUCGGAACACCGUAGACACAAAGAUAAGGCAUUACAUCAAUUCCAAAGUAAACGGAAAAUGGGAGGUGACGAAUUUAGUGAAAAAUACAAAGAACAACUCGAUAAAGAUUUGGAAGAGUCGUUUAACCAGUUUAAGGCGCAUAAUGAAAGUAAAAACAUCUUUAAGGCAGCCAGGACUCCCGCUGUAUUUUUCGCUUUAGCUGUUGUUUGUUAUAUUUCAUCUGGGGUGUUUGGGUUGUUUGGGGCAUAUACAAUCGCUAACAUGUUUAACACAGUAAUGGCAAUUUCAUUCCUUACUUUAGCAAUGUGGGCAUACAUAAGGUAUAGUGGCGAAUUUCGAGAAGUUGGCUUGCAUAUCGACGAAAUGGCCAAUUUAAUAUGGGAGAACCAUGCCUAUUUUAGAAAGAGAAAAGAAAGGAAACUCUAUGAAGCCCGUCGUACAAACUUACGUCGAGAACGGUAUGCAGCAAAUGGCUGUCGAAGUAGCUGAAAGAACUGUCCUUAAUGCGACAAAUAUCACAGCAAAUGGGAAAAAACAGGCGUGAUAGAUAACACUCUCUAGUCUGUUAUGACAGCACCUUGAAAGCAUUGUUACAUAUUAAUGUCAUUGUCAGAUGGUUGGGAUUGUUGUUCAUUUGUCUUGCCAUAGGUUUCUUAUGGAAAAAUCAUUUAGUAUGUAACUUUGCUGAUUAUGUGAUAUCUUGGCAAUGUUGGUAUUAUUGUAAUUUAUAUUUGUAAAUAACGCUUCUAAAAUAAUACAAUUUUAUCUACUACGUACAUUUUUAUUAUACACUGUUAUGUAAAGUUUGCAAAAAUUCUAUAACAUGUUUCAGUCAAGCAGUAACUGAUAAACAUUUGUGUUAAUUAAACAUUUUAAUAGUGUAAUACAUAAGUACUGACAUUGCAAUAUAAUUCACCACCCAAGUGCCUUUUAUUAACCCAAUGUUUGUUUUAUUGUUUGUCUUGUGAUUUCGUAUUUGAUAUUGUGGUGUCAAAAUCUUUUCAGUACACAUACAAUUGCAUUUUAUUGUUAGUAGUAAGUAAGACGCGCUGAUUUGAAUGUUAAUAUUACAGAGUCACAUUUUAUAAUUAUGAAUUCAUUUUUAGACUGUGGAAAACAUCUCAUGCUAAUAUAUGAACAAUUUUCUCCUUUUUUUAGCUAACUGCUCAAGUUUAUUUUUAUUUCAAAUUGUAACAUGAAUUUACUUGUAUUUGGUUUCGGUUAUAAAUAAAUUUAUUAUUUUUC